UUAGCAACCCCGGCCAGGGCCUCCGUCUCAGAGAGAGCGGGCUCACUGGUCUGCGGGAGCCAAGGGAGGCCCCAGUGGCCCAGGGAAGAGGUCGCCAUGGCGUCUGUGUCCUACCGGGAGCCGCUGUCUAUGACCGUGGGGAAACGAAUGGUUGUCACAGGUCCGGAUUAUAAGAGAGAUCAUUUACCUAAAGUUCAGCAGCACACCUCCUACAUAGGAGAAAAGCGUCCAGAGUUGGAGAAGACCGGAGACCUCUGAUACUUAUGGAGACCCGCCUCCGACAGAAGCUUGCCGGCAAAAUACAAACAUGAACACGUCGGUGAAAUCGGCUGGGGGAUCCGUGGGUAUAAUUUCAUCAACAAGUCAAGACUUGCGAGUGGCUUCCACAUCAAGUACGGAGAACUAAGUCUUGAUGCUCUUGAUAAAUUAACCCACAGAUAUCAAAACCCAUGGCAGCCGAACCCUUCCGUCCUGGACCAGCAAGGCAGAUACAGCCGCGCCUUCCUUGCCUGGCAUGUGGGUGACUAUGAGGACACCCACCAGAGAAACUCCGAAGGGGCGACUCUCGUUAGGCAGAGCAAAUCCUCACCAAGACAGUCCCAGCCACCGAGGCUGCCAGCAUUACCAAUAAACAACAAGAAAAGGACCGUCCGGCUUCUAGGUCAGCAGAGCCCUGCCUGCUUCUAGCAGAGAUCUGCCCAGCGCUGCGGACAGAAGGGAAGGGCGCACUAGCCCACAGGUGCCUCUCUCAGCACCCGGAGCAGACUUGCUGCAGGGGCACGCUCUGUGACGCGAAUAAAGAGUCACUGACAAGGGUUGUCUGUGUUUAAAACCUGGGGUGCUGUUUGAUGAGGUCAGUUGCUGUAACUCGACACACCAAGAACAGCUGUUACUGAGGGCUUCUAACGUCCACCACUCUUCCUCCAAACGCUUUCUGUGAAUUUCCUGAUUUUCAAAGGCACAUGAGACAGAUUCUGUUCUUCCUCCACAUCUCCAGAGGGAGACAAGUUCGCAAGCGGUACCCUUGAAUGUGACUUGGAAGCAAGAGCACAGACCACUAAUGUAUGCGUCCCAGCUUUUCAAGUAUCCCACAUGGCCAGGUGUGGCGGCACA